UUGACAUCGGGAGGGAGGGAGGGUGGGGGCCGAACCGGGCCCAGGGUGAGCCCUCCUCUGCCCUCCCCUCCCCAGGGAAGCACUAUGGCGUCUACAGCUGCGAGGGCUGCAAGGGCUUCUUCAAGCGCACCAUCCGGAAGGACCUGACCUACACCUGUCGCGACAACAAGGACUGCAUCGUGGACAAGCGGCAGCGCAACCGGUGCCAGUACUGCCGCUACCAGAAGUGCCUGGCCACCGGCAUGAAGCGGGAAGCCGUGCAGGAGGAGCGCCAGCGGGGCAAGGAGAAGGACGGGGAGGGGGAGCUGGCCGGCACCGGGGCCAACGAGGACAUGCCGGUGGAGAAGAUCCUGGAGGCCGAGCUGGCCGUGGAGCAGAAGUCGGACCAAGGCAUUGACGGAGCCGGCACGGGGGGCAGCUCGCCCAACGACCCCGUGACCAACAUCUGCCAGGCGGCCGACAGGCAGCUCUUCACCCUGGUGGAGUGGGCCAAGCGCAUCCCCCACUUCUCGGAGCUGCCCCUGGAUGACCAGGUCAUCCUGCUCCGGGCUGGUUGGAACGAGCUGCUGAUCGCCUCUUUCUCCCACCGGUCCAUUUCGGUGAAGGACGGAAUCCUCCUGGCCACGGGGCUGCAUGUCCACCGCAACAGCGCCCACAGCGCCGGUGUGGGGGCCAUCUUCGACAGGGUACUGACCGAGCUGGUGUCCAAGAUGCGCGACAUGCGGAUGGACAAGACGGAGCUGGGGUGCCUGAGGGCCAUCAUCCUCUUCAAUCCAGGUGGGCCUUUCCAUAGCCAACCCCCCCUCCCCCCGAUGCCCCCUGUUGCG